AUGGGUGGUUCAAAGUAUGGCGGUAAUUCCGGUGGACAAGCCUGUGUCUUCCCCUUCUCUUACAAGAGCCAGACAUUCUACACCUGCACCAAUGAAGAUGCUGCCCAAGGGAGAUUCUGGUGUGCCACAACCGGGAGUUACGAUAAGGAUGAGCAGUGGAGCUACUGUGCCGACACAAGGCUAAGUUCAAGUCCGACAGGGCCGUGCAUCUUCCCCUUCACCUACAAGGGCAACUCCUACUCAUCUUGCACAACAGAUGGAACACGUGAUGGAAAGCCCUGGUGCUCUCUCACCAAGAACUAUGAUGUGGAUCCAAAAUGGACAUACUGCGACCCCUCAGAACCCCUCCCCUGCAUUUUCCCUUUCAUAUUCCAGGGGAAAUCCUACUCUGCAUGCACCAAAGAAGGCGCUGCUGAGAACCAACUGUGGUGUGCCGUAACUGCUGAUUAUGACAAGGAUAGUAAAUGGAAGGCAUGUGCAAGCCAAGGAAACAGGAUCAAGAGGAUAGCAGCAAUUUACACUUUUGAGAUUCAUGACAGAUGAAAAGGACCAGCUUGUAUAAAAGAGGCCAUCUCAGACAUGGCAAAAUCAGCAAGCUUUGCCUAACCAGCAGACCUUUGAUCAAGAGCGAUCCUCAGAGUUAGCUGCUCAAGGCGCAGGGCUAAACCCGGAAUUUUGUCCAUGGAUAGGGACUAUCUGACACUUCUGCUGCAUAGUGAGAAGUCAAGACUACCCAACCGUGGCGCUUUCGCUCUCUCUCUCUCUGCCUUGCUUUGAGCAUCUAGCAUUAACUUGCUUGACUGCCUGAAGCCUCAUCGUUACCAAGCCUCAUGCCCAAGCUGCACACACUUGCUGUCCUUGCUAGAUCCUGAGUAUGAGGGGAACUCCAAAGGCCGGCCAUGUGUCUUUCCCUUCAUCUACAAGAGCCGGACAUUCUACACCUGCACCAAUGAGAAUAGUGACGGUGGGAGAUUCUGGUGUGCCACAACUGGGAACUAUGAUAAAG